UCGACCACUAGUACCGGUAUGCCGGGGCGCACGCUGCGCUGAGAGUGGUACAAAAAGAGCUGCUUAGACAACCACGUAACAGAAGGCAGCCAGCUGUAACGCUGGAGCAAUCAUGCACCCAUCGUCAUUGGGUGCAUCGCUAGCUGUUUCUCCUGUAGGGGGUGACGAUUUGCCAGCUGCAUGCCAGGGAAUUUGUACCGCAAUCUCUCUGCAUUGGCACAGCAACUCAAAAGCCCUUGGUUAAAGUGCCCAGCUUGAUGUGGCACUGGUACCACCAAGCUCUGGGGCGAACAGCCUGUUUUGCUCCUGGUUCUUCAUCCCUUCGACCUGGUUGCUACUCUCUUCGGUUAAGCGGCUUCCGCAGCUUCGAUCCACUUUGCUCGCGAACUGGCCGAGGAGGUUGGUUGGGUUUACCCGCUUUUGGAGGUCCCUCCCUUUCAAAAACUGAUCCCAUCUCUGAGAAGAGAAUAUCCUUAAACUUCUAACCCCGAUGGCGCCCCUCAAGGCCUCCGAAACGGUGGCUCCCGCCGCCCCAGUCACUUAUGAGCGCCCCGUUCCCACCGACCUAGACUCCAAGAUGGACUCGCCCAGCGUCCCCCGGGCGCAGCUGGCGGCCACUCCCGAGUACCCCCAGGGCAGCGCAGACUUCAAGGAUCCUAAGGGGAUGAGCGUGCUUCAGCAACAUGUGGAGUUUUUUGACAGGAGGAAGACUGGCAUCAUCAUGCCCUGGGACACAUAUGAAGGUUUCCGCGCGCUCGGUUGGAACAUUUUCUUCUCGGUCAUCUUUACAUUCAUCCUCAACUCGUCCCUCAGCUACUCCACCCAGGACGGCUGGCUUCCGGACCCGCUGCUGAGCAUCAAGGUCCGCAACAUUCACAGCGCCAAGCACGGCAGCGACACCCACGUGUACGACUACGAGGGCCGGUUCUGCCCCGAAAAGUUUGAGGCGCUUUUCACCCAGUUCGACCACGGCAACAAGGGCGGCCUCACCUUCGAGGAGCUGCUCGAGAUGACCGAGAAGCACCGGAUGCCGUACGACUUCUUCGGUUGGAUGGCCGAGAAACUAGAGUGGGGCCUAACUUGGUGGCUGCUAAAGGACGAGAACGGUCUGGUGUCCAAGGAGUCGAUUCGCGGCUCGUACGACGGGUCCAUCUACUACCGCGUCGAAGCCGCGCGUAAGGCAAUGAAGAAAGAGGAAUAGGGUUACGGGGGUGAAAAAGGGGUUUGGGGUGAGAAUGGGUUACGGGGUUAUGGGGGGUUACAAGGUCUGGCAGAGGAGGAGAUAAAAAGCGGAACUUGGAGGGUUUGCGAUUGAGGGGGGUAAAGGCGUUUGGUGGGAAGCUCUGGGGAUUGUGAAUAGCAAACGUGACGGCUACUUACAACGGCCGGAGACAUACGAGGUGAGGGAAGUGUGAUCAAGCAGAAAAAGGAGCGUGACUGAGGAAGAGUGGGUUUCGACGUGUUCGGGUGCUAACCCAAUAAAGAAAUUGAGAACGAUAGCCUGGCGAGAGAUACGUGAAGUAAGCCAAGGGUCGGGCUUUGGGGCCUCUUCUUCCUUGACGACUGAAGCGACAUGCUCGCUCCAGGGAAGGCUGAUAAGCAUGAGAUCAGGAUUUGCGGCAUAUUACCCGCCAAAAUAGGCUGGUAUGCUAAUUGUAACGACUUUUUGACCAGGGUGGGGAGAGCACUGGACUCUAGGUGUCGGGACAUGGCACCAAGUUCCAUUUUGGGUUGAAUCAACCACAGUACAAAUUUAGACAGGCAACAGCUGCGUAGACCAGAAGUCGGUAGCUUCUAUUUGAUAUGUAAAGCCACGCUUAAAGGGUGCACCGGUUGUUCCGUUUAGCGCUCCGUUCAUCUACACGUAACCUCAACAAAUCAGCAAAUGCUAACAUGCAAAUUUCCGCCACAAGGCAGAUUGAUGAAAAAGAUAAUGCUCAUACUUCCGACCCAUAUUUCAUUGAGGCCAAUGCUUGUGGAAAGCAGCCCAGAAUAUUUGUGAUCGUUUGUGAAGCCGUCCACUAUACGUUUAGCAAUCUUCGG